AACCGAUGCAACGCCAGCUUCCCUUUGAUCAUGCCCACGUGGAAGGACCUGGACCUACCGGAGAUUAAUCUUAGGCGGCUCAAUCACUGCGCUGAGCCAUUUCACGGCUGCUCAGAAGAUCUUAUCAGCUACAGCACGGACGCGAACCUGGUCACGUGCUCCUGCGCGCACAACUGCGAAGCCUACGGGGACUGCUGCUGGAACGUCUCGUUUCCCUCCAUUCUGGGCACGCAGACGUCCAGAGCUUCGUGCGUAGCAGUACAAGUCUCGCUGACAAAGAAGAUUCAUGUCAACAUGCUCACUGGCUGCCCAACAACGUGGCCUAACGACUACGUCCGACAUGCGUGUGAAAGACCGGAGUCUUUUGCGGAUACGUUUUAUAUCAUCCCGGCCACAAGCUCCAGUGGUGUUACAUACAGGAAUGGCUUCUGCGCCUGGUGUAACAACGACAUCUCGAAUGCGACCUUCUGGAGUGUGGCGCUGUACGGACUGGACAGCGGCAUCCACAUCGUGCCUCCAAGAACCGCCGAAAGUAACCCAUCGCCUCACCUCAGGCCUUGUAACCGAAACGUCACUGUCAACACAUGCCCCGAAAACGUUCCCGAGGCCGUGGCCCUGAAAUGCAAGACCUACUACUCACCUGUACAAGACGCCAGGAACCCGGACACGCCGGUGUUCAAGAAUGUCUACUGUGCCCUGUGCAACGCCGUAAACGUUUCCCGGCUGUCUUGCAGUCCGGCUACCUACGCUGCCGAGGUGGCAGAGCAAGACGCAGACGCUUCUGUUCUACGCCGCACACUAAAGCCAGUGAUAAGGACACCUGUAUGCUAUGCGCAUCACAACGGCCGCUGUUACAUCAGACAUUAUCCAGAGGCGUCCAUCAUACGUGAAAUGUCGGGAGCUCCCCGCUACGUUGCAGCAAGCGACGUGUCAACAGAACUGCAUGCACCGUUUGGAUACAUGCCAAAGUGGCAAAGUAGACACGGUCUGGAGCACUUCAUCGCUUUUAUCUGCACGAAUAUCUCCAUAUUAUUCCUCGUCCUUAAGAUUCUCGUGUUCUGCGCCUACAAGGAGGCACGCAGGUCUUCGUCUGCCUACAUCAUGUGCCUCACGGUGACCCUGCUGGUCGCUCAAGUGCUCUUCCUUUUCACAAAGUGCAUACGCCUCGCGAAGUGCUUUUGUUUCGCCGGAGCGGUGUUGGCCCACUACUUCUUUCUCAGCACAUUCCUGUGGACGUCCGUGCUCUCCUACGACAUCUGGAAGAGCCUGACGACCAUCAAGGUGUCCUCGAGUAGCCCCAACAGACUGGCAUUGUACUCUCUUCUUGCCUGGGCCCUACCCCUGCUUGUCGUAAGCGCCUCCUUGACCGUGAAUCAGGUGGCUCCCGAGUCUGUGUUAUCUCCGCGCUACGGUGACCCUAUAUGCUUUAUCGGCUCCCUCUGUGGUCUUAUGCUGUACUUCUUUCUGCCGAUGGCUGCGCUAGUGUUGUUCUGUCACGUUCUCUACUUCAAAACGGUGUAUUACAUUCGCACGACGUCUUCUACAGCAGAAUGCACGGACAACGUUCGGCAUCCCGGAUGCAGGGACAGCCAGCGAAACGGCCAACAACAGACCAACCUCGCACUCUUCCUUCGUCUGUCCUUCAUCAUGGGGGCUCCGUGGGCUGUGACCCUUGUUGGAUCUUUUGUCCACAGCCUAAUCAUCGAUUCUGUAGUGAACGCCUUGGCCGGUUUGCAGGGUGUCUACCUGUUCUUCGGCUUCAAGGACUACCGCUACAUUAUGUUGUCUCUUCGUAGGAGCGGGACGAAGCAAGCUGCUAUCAUGAGCGCUUGAACGUUGGCCAUUGGCAGAGAAAAUCAUCCAACAUUAAGAGCGUAACUAGUAAUGAAUAAAUCAU